AUGGCUAAUGGUUUAGCGCCGGGGAUAGUAAAAUACCAAGAUAAGUAUGACAAUGCACAACUACCACAAGAUGAUUUUUUGAAAGUUGCCAAGGAUUUGAUCUCACAGUGUCAUUCGGAGACAUAUGUAUUUGUAAACCAACCAGGUUUAAGUCGAAGUGAUUUCAAGCAGCAUAAGCAAUCUAUGCACAAAUUAUACAACUAUGUGCUAACUAGUUCCACGACAGUGAAAUUCGAAAAGAUUGAUAUAGUCCAAAACGAUGAUAUUUACGAAGAAUUGAUCGCCUAUACAAUGGAUAAAUGUAAUAUUGAUGAUAAAAUAGAUAUAGGUGGCAAUGUCACAGACAGGUAUCAACCAUUUGUGGAGGCCCGAACUAGAGUUCUAAGGGUAGACUUCCCACCUUUACCGCAGCAAGGACAAUACGUAGAGGGCAUCGGGACCAGAAAAGAUGUGUUGCAAGCCAAUGAUGAAUACUUGAGAUAUGUUAUGGGAACGUUACCAACCCCGAAACAUACAGUUUUUUAUAUGUCUUUGGAAAAGAGUGAAGUGCCAGAUACCGAGACAUCUUUAUCGUAUGAUAUCUGGCCUGAAAUAUUUACGAAUCCACAACGAAAGGUUGAGAUCGACCGUAAUGAUAGAGUUGCUAAGGAAAUGCCAAAACUUGUCCCUUACAGACCAAGAAUUGAUACUGAAGAUGACAAGUACUUAACAGUACUGGAUCAGGAAUUCAUAGAUAAUCACUACGGCAUCAUAGUGCUUAUUAUUGGCGUGACAAUUGCAUUUAUUCUACUACAAUUAGGAGCCGUUAAGGUCAAGAAACCGUCAAAGCCACAAAUAACUAAGGACGUAACAAAGGAAAAAAAGACCCAAUAA